AUGACUGUUCUUUUGUUUAUAUUGAUUUCAUUGUGCUUAGCUAUUGAAUGUCAAAAGAAUGAAUAUAAAUAUGAUGAAAAUACGUGUAUUGCAUGUCCUGAAGAAUGUGCUUCUGGUAAAUGUAAGGAAAAAGUUGGAUGUACUCAAUGUAAUGAUGGGUUUUAUAUUGAUGAAUUAGGAGGAUGUCUUCCAUGUGCUGAUGGAUGCAAAACGUGUGAUUCAAAAAAAUGUUUAUCUUGUGUAGAUCUUUAUUAUAUGAAAGCUAGUGGAUGUUAUUCAGGAGGAGAUAAUUGUACUGCUGUUCAAGAUAAUGUUGGAUGUACAAAAUGUCAAACUGGUUAUUAUUUAUCUUCUGGAGUAUGUACUUAUGCAGGUGAAGGAUGUAAAACAUAUUCUGAUAAUGUUGGAUGUACACAAGUAAAAGAAGUUAAUAAAUAUUAUAUUUAUGGAGGACAAGCAAUUGCAUGUGAUCCUGCAUGUAUUACUUGUGAUGAAUUUAGUGGAUGUACUAAAUGUAAAGAUGGAUAUUAUAAUUAUAAUCAUGGUUGUGCUGUUUGUCAUAAAACAUGUUCUACUUGUGAAAACAGUACCUCAUGUGUAAAUUGUCAAGAUGGAUUAAUUAAAAAUAAUACAGGACUUUGUAUGGGAUGUGAUCCAAACUGUGAAGAAAGUUGUAAAUCACCUUCUAUGUGUAAUAAAUGUAAAACAGGUUAUUUUGCAUUUGAAGGAAAAUGUUAUCUUUGUGAUCCAAGAUGUGCUACUGAAAAAUGUAAUGAAGAUGGAUGUAAAGAAUGUCAAGAUGGAUAUUUUGUUUAUCAUGGAAGAUGUGAAAAGAAACCAUACCAAUGUCAACCUUCAAAAUAUUCAAAAUCUACUGGAUGUAGUGAAUGUAAUGAUGGAUAUUAUGUUGUUGAUGGUAUGUGUGUUGCAUGUGAUCCUAAUUGUCAACCAGGACAUUGUAAUGGUACAACUGGUGCAUGUGAUCUUUGUGCUACUGGAUAUCGAUCAUAUGGACAGAAAGAAUGUAUUGAAGGUACAGUUUAUGGAGACAAUACAAAUAUUUAUAGAUGUGAUGAUAAAUUCUUUAUAGAUAAAGAUGAUGGUACUUGUGCUAAAUGUUCUACUUAUUGCACAGAAGGACAAUGUGAUAAUGCACUUGGAUGUAGUCAAUGUCAACCAGGAUUUUAUGUAACUAAAGAUGGUAGAUGUUCAUCUUGCCCAUAUUUCUGUGAUCUUUGUCAUGAAGAAUUAGGUUGUUUAGAAUGUACUGAAGGUUCUUAUCAAUUUGAAGGAAGAUGUGUCUUUUCUGGAGCCAUUUCUGUAUUAGGUAUGUUAUUUACAUUCAUCGUUUUCUUUGCUUUCUAA